AGUGAGCUUCCUCUGCAUGUUUUCUAUAUCACUGGCAGAGCCUGUAGUUGGAAAGGGGACAGAGUGACUACUGGACUUUGUAUGAAAACACCAACCGGGACAGACCUUCAGUCAAGGCUGAGACAGGGUUGAGGGUAUAUAACUUGUCCUUGCCUUAAACUUGGAACAUGGCUGGCUCUGGGACAGAAGCAAGGGCUAGAGAAAAGGCUGAGGCUGGCCUGAAAGAUGGAAUCAGUGGUCCUGCUGCUGCUAGAGUGAGUGGUGAAACACAGGCCAAGGCAGUGGCUGAGGCAAAACUGAAAACAGAAUCAGUGACCCAGGCCAAAGCUGGUGAUGGAGCAAUGGCCAGGACACAUACGGUGACCUACACUGUGACUAUGGCUGUGACAAGGGAAGAGAGCAGGAUGGAAGAUACAACUAAGACUAGAGUCGUGGUUGAGACUAAGGCAAAACCUCUGGCAGAACAUAGUAUAGUACCACAAACCAAGUCAAAGGCCAUGCCUAUGUCUAGGGUCAGUGCUGUAACCAAGUCCGAAGUCAAGGUUGUUGCUGUCAGUGAGGCGAAUAUCAGGUCCUAUACCAAGUCACAUGAUAAGGCCAAUACUGGGUCCAGACCUGACAGAAGGGAAGAGGCCAGCAUCAAGGCCAAGGCUGGGGACAAAGCUGGCAUUGGGAUGAAAUCCAGUGAUGAGGAUGAAGAAAAUAUCUGCUCCUGGUUCUGGACUGGAGAAGAACCUAGUGUAGGGUCCUGGUUCUGGCCUGAAGAAGAGACCUCUCCUCAAGUUUAUAAGCCCCUACCUAAGAUCCAGGAAAAGCCCAAACCCACACCUAAACCCAUGCUUACUAUAAAACAAAAGGCAAUAGCAUGGUCAAGGGCCAGGUAUAUUGUCCUAGUUCCAAUUGAGGGAGGAGAGCAAUCCUUGCCUCCAGAAGGAAACUGGACCCUGGUUGAGACCUUGAUUGAAACUCCUCUGGGGAUUCGACCUCUGACCAAGAUCCCACCUUAUCAUGGGCCUUAUUUCCAGACCUUAGCUGAGAUAAAAAAACAGAUUAAGCAAAGGGAAAAGUAUGGGCCCAAUCCAAAGUCCUGCCGCUGCAAAUCACAUGCAUUUAGUUUGGAGCCUAAAGAGUUUGAUAAACUUGUUGCCCUUCUUAAGUUAACUAAGGAUCCUUUCAUUCAUCAAAUAGCUACCAUGAUAAUGGGCAUCAGUCCUGCUUAUCCAUUUACACAAGAUAUAAUUCAUGAUGUAGGUAUUACUGUUAUGAUUGAAAACUUGGUCAAUAAUCCCAAUGUUAAAGAACACCCUAGAGCUUUAAGUAUGGUGGAUGACAGCUCUGAGCCUUCCGAAGAACCAAAAGCAGAAGAGUCAUAUAUACACCAAGUUUGUAAAGACAUAGUCUCUUGCCCCUUGAACUCCCCUGUGCAACUGGCUGGACUGAAAUUACUAGGGCACUUGAGUGUAAAAUUUGAAGAUCACUAUGUGAUUACCAGUUAUAUUCCAGAUUUCCUCACCUUGUUAAACAAGGGAAGUGUAAAAACCAAGUUUUAUGUUUUAAAAGUGUUUUUGUGUUUGUCUAAAAAUCAAGCCAAUACAAGAGAAUUGGUCAGUGCCAAAGUACUGUCAUCAUUGGUUGCACCCUUUAACAAGAAUGAGUCAAAGGCCAAUAUUCUUAAUAUUAUUGAAAUAUUUGAGAAUAUAAAUUUUCAGUUCAAAACAAAGGCAAAGCUAUUUACCAAAGAAAAGUUCACUAAAUCUGAGCUUAUUUCAAUAUUCCAGGAAGCAAAACAGUUUGGUCAGAAACUCCAAGACUUAGCAGAGCACAGUGAUCCUGAAGUGAGAGAUAAAGUCAUACGAUUAAUACUCAAACUCUGAAUACCGCUCUGUUUUUAUAAAGCCUCAAACAGUUUUUUGGAGUUGCAAUAUGAAAACAAUGCACAUUAUAAUUAUAAAUGCAAUACUUAUGUCUUCCAUGUUGAUUGAGGGAGAAUACCAAUUAAUCUCGAGAUCCUGAAACGUGCUGAUUUUUAUUGUGCUAUAUAAUAUAAAUUGAGAUUAUUUUUAGUAUUUCUGCAACAUGACCUGAUAAUGAAUCUAUUCAUCCUAAGCUAUACUUCUGUGCUUUAUACUGAUAUAAGUGUAUUCUUUUGAGAUUUUAUUUCCAUGUUGUUAAUAAAGUUGCAUGCUAAAACUGAUGAAAA